AUGGCCUCUCGACCGACUGUCACCAUCAUCGGCAAGGAUGGUUCUCCCUCGGGAGCUACCCAUACCAUUCCUACCGUGUUUUCCUCCCCGAUCCGACCUGAUAUCGUCCAGCAAGUCCACACUGGAAUGGCCAAGAACAAGCGACAGCCUUAUUCAGUAAGCGAGAAGGCUGGUCACCAAACCUCUGCCGAAUCUUGGGGAACUGGUCGUGCUGUUGCCCGUAUUCCCCGUGUCUCUGGUGGUGGUACCCACCGUGCCGGUCAGGCUGCCUUCGGUAACAUGUGUCGUUCCGGUCGCAUGUUCGCCCCUACCAAGAUCUGGCGCAAGUGGCACAUCAAGGUCAACCAGGGCCAGAAGCGAUUCGCUACUGCCUCUGCUCUUGCCGCUUCCGCUGUCGCCCCUCUACUGCUCGCCCGCGGUCACCAGAUCUCUUCCGUCCCGGAAGUUCCUCUCGUAAUCGACUCGGCCGCUUUCGAGGGUGGUGCUGCUGCCAAGACUGCCGGUGCCCUCGCCAUCUUAAACGCUGUUGGUGCCGCUGCCGACAUUGAGAAGGCUAAGAAGACGAAGAAGCUGCGUGCUGGUAAGGGUAAGCUAAGAGGCCGCCGCCACCGCCAGCGACGUGGACCUUUGGUCAUCUACGAUCCCGAGGUUGAUGGCAAGGAGCUUGUCACUGGUACCCGCAACCUUCCCGGUGUCGAGACCAGCUCUGUCUACGCCCUGAACCUCCUCCAGCUCGCCCCUGGUGGUCACCUCGGACGAUUCAUCGUCUGGACCUCGGCCGCUUUCAAGGCCCUCGACAAGAUCUACGGCACCACCACCAAGCCUUCAGAGCUAAAGAAGGACUUCCUUCUACCUUCCAACCUGGUUUCCCAGUCUGAUCUAAGCCGUCUGAUCAACAGCUCCGAAAUCCAGAGCGUCCUCAACGCUCCCAAGGGCGGUCCCUUGACCAAGCGCGCUGCUGUGCAGAAGAACCCCCUACGCAACAAGCAAGUCCUGUUACGUUUCAACCCUUACCACGCUACUUUCGUCAAGGACAAGGUUGGUCAGCAGAAGGCGGAGGCUGGCAAGCCCCCUAAGCCCCCCAAGACUUUCCUGGAAGUCCUCCGUGAGGAUUAG